CUCACAAAAACCUUCCAAUAAAUAAAUUUAGAACUCCACAUUUUCAUUUCCCCUCCAUCUAAUCAAUCUAUCAAUCUCUCUAUCUCUCUCUCUCUUUUCAAUUCUCCCAUAAUCACACAUCCCAUUCAUCCGAUCCGAUUCCCCUGUGACACAUUCUCCACCGCCAUGGUCCGCUGUCUCUUCACAUGCUUCGGCAAGAGCGACGAGAGCGGCGCCACAGGUAUCGCAAACGACAGAUCGUCAGCAACGGCGGAAGUAACAGCGGAGGAGCAGCAGCAGCAGGGGCGGGGCGGAGGCGUAGUGGUGGAGUUAUUUUCAUCGCAAGGAUGUGCGACCACACCGGAAGCUGAAGUUCUGGUGUCGAGAUUGGGAAGAGGAGAUUUCGAAUUGGAGGCGCCGGUAGUGGUGUUGGCUUACCAUGUGGAUUAUUGGGAUUAUGUGGGAUGGAAAGAUCCGUUUGGACAUAGCCAAUGGACGGUGCGGCAAAAGGCUUAUGUUGAAGCGUUAGGGCUUGAUACAAUGUUUACGCCUCAGGUUGUGGUUCAAGGCCGGGCUCAGGCUGUUGCUACCGAUCAAACUAGUCUCUUGUCUAUGAUCAAAGAUGCCCCUAGAUAUCCCUCUCCUACUUUCCAGGCAACUUUCCAGAGGCCAACAACCGACAGCUUGCAAGUUACCCUAAACGGAGCAUUGAGGACGAAGGUGGACAGCAACGGCGCAAACGUAAUGGUGGCGCUGUACGAGAGCGGCCUGGUCACCGACAUCACCGCCGGCGAAAACAAAGGUCGAGUUCUUGCCAACGACUUCGUAGUAAGAAAACUCGAAAAGCUCUGUUCCGUCAAAGACGCAUCCGCCAAGAAAGCAGUGUCUGGCACCGUCACUUUCUCUCUCUGGGAAACCUUCGACGGAGCCAAAUGCGGCGUCGCCGUCUUCGUUCAGGACAAUUCACAUCAUAUUUUCGGUUCUCAGAUGUUUCAAUUGCCGGAAGAUGUCUGAAAAUUGGGCCGAAAUUGGACUUGUGUUAUUGGCUUCGUCCUUGGAGGUUGACAAUGGCGACAGGUUUUGAUUGGGGCCAAGAUGGAUCGAGGCGGCUGUUUUUAUGUACAGGAUGUGUUAAAAAUGUUUGGUAGAGUUUGAUUAUUGUUUAAUUUCUUCUUCAUUAUUUCUUUAAAUAGUUUUGUGAUUCUUUUUAUUACUAUUACAUACUUUAAAAAAGAAAAAAAAAAAAAAAAAAGAGAAAAGAAAGUGGUGGUAUUUUUUAUGUGGGAGAUUGGAUACACAUUCUAAUUCAGAAUUUUAAUUUGCAUUCAUACAUUAUAAAGUUUUAUGUAGCCUAAGUUUGUGUUUGUUUGUUUGUGUAGUCUCUUGUCUUCAUAAUAUGUUGAAGAAGUUAUUUUUGGGACUUUCAAAUUUAUAAUUAUAACAAACUGCAAAUGCCGAAUUUUGGCAAAA